AUUCAAAAGGUCUCUAUAAAUAAAGCUUUAAACUCCCAAAUUUUUUGUUCACGCAUCCCAAGUUCAGAGCUUGCCUGAGCCUCACCAUGGCUAGCCACCUACCUCUGUUGCUGCUCUUACUCCUUUCUGCCAUGUCAACAUUGUGUUCAGCCUGGAAUGUGAGCAUAGACUGUGGAUCUUCUGUUCCCUACGUCGACUUUAGAUCUGUCCAGUGGACUGGAGAUGACUCUUUUUUCAUGCCAAAUGGCAAGAGUCAGGAAUUUCAAGUGGAACAUAGCUACAGGGAGUUGCGCUCACUGAGAGCAUUCUUUUCAGAAAAAAGGAGUUGCUACUCUAUCAAUGCUACCGAGGACGAAAAAGUUCUUGUUCGCGCUACCUUCUAUUAUGGAAACUAUGAUAAUAUAUCCCAACCCCCUACUUUUGAGCUGCAACUUGAUGGCAACUUCUGGGCUGCGGUUGAGACUGAAAUUGAUAAAGAAGUUCGUCAUGAGGCGAUUUACUAUGUUAAAGGGGAUGCUAUAAGUGUGUGCGUAGCGCAGAUGAAAACUGGCCAGUUUCCCUUCAUGUCAGCACUUGAAGUGAGGAGUUUGGCUACAGAGAUGUAUGCUGCUCGUGCUGAUAAAAAUGUUGCUUUGUUCUUGCAACAUAGGAUUUCUUUUGGAAUAAUUUCAGCUGUCAGGUAUCCGGAUGACGAGUAUGAUCGAAUUUGGAAUCCACCAAACCUUUUAGUUGAUUAUACAUUGGUAAAAAGAGAAGAUGAUUCUAUUGUUGUUAACUCGAGUGAUCAACCUCCAAAAGCUGUUUUGCUUGGUGUUAUUUUACAUCUAACGAAGUUUGGCUUCGGUCGGCUGCCAACAGUUCAAGUUCCCAUAUACAUGAACAUGUACUUUGCUGCAGUGGAUAAAGAAAUAGAAGCCUAUCCUCCCCAAAAGAGGUCUUUUCUAGUAUUUAAGGAUGAUCUCUUGCUUACCUCUGAACCUGUUGUCCCAUAUUACAACAAUGUUACUGAACUAAGCUUUCCAAACAUUACUGCUUCAAGUGCAUCUUGGUUUUAUUUAGUUCCUGCAAGCAAUGAUAAUUCAACAGUCACUCCGACCAUCAACGCCUUGGAACUUUUUCUUGUCAGUGAUCCACUAACUAGAACAUCCAGUACAGAUGUGGAGGGGCUAGAUGCUUUGCAAGGAGGUUUCAGUAUAUUACGGGAAUGGAAGAGUGACCCCUGUCUUCCAAAAAAAGAUGCAUGGGAUUGGCUCAAUUGCAGUGCUGAUGUUUCGCCUCGAGUAAUUGCAUUGAAUCUCAGCGGGUAUGGACUUUCUGGGCCACUCCCAGAUUUCAGCUCAAUGGAUGCUCUUGAAUAUAUAGAUUUACAGAACAAUAAUUUGACUGGAAAUGUUCCAGAAUUCCUUGGCUUGCUACCUAAUCUGAAAGAAUUGAAUUUGUCUGGCAACAAUUUUAAUGGAUCUAUUCCCAGGUCUCUUUUGAAUAAAAAUAUAAGCUUCAGCUGGACAGGCAACAAAAAUUUGAGAAUCACUUCCCAUGGUGGCAAGCACAGAAACACCCUGCAGACGAUAUCUGGAGCCUUGAUUUCAAUUUUCAUUCUAUCCCUGGUGCUCAUUUGAACUUAAGAUUUCUUCUUUUUUCCCUGGAGAUCUGUGACAUUGGACAUGAUGAUCCAAGCUUAUGUAUCUAUUUUUGAAGUGUUUGGAAAUUUGCUUGAAAUGAAAUGUAUACAGUGACCCAUCUAGAUUUACAGAAUGGGAGAGAAUUGCCUUUGUUUUGUUUUGCUUUGUAUCUCAAACACUGAACAGAGAAAUGAUGAUAAUGAUUAUAUUAUGGUGAUUUAAUAA